ACUUCUCGUCUGUUCGGACCAUGUCGGAUAUUGUGCUGUAUGGAAUGGACAUUAGUCCGCCGGUGAGGGCCUGUUUGCUGACUCUGCGAGCCUUGGGCUUGGCCUUCGAGUAUAAGGAAGUCAAUCUCUUCGCAGGGGAGCAUCGUUCCCCAGAGUUUCUGCAGAAGAAUCCCCAGCACACAGUCCCGUUGCUGGAUGACGGCGGAGCACUCAUUUGGGACUCGCACGCCAUCGUCUGCUACUUGGUGGACAAGUAUGCAAAGACGGACGAGCUCUAUCCCAAGGAUCUGGUGAAGCGUGCCCAGGUCAAUCAACGUUUGUACUUCGAUGCCAGCAUCUUGUUCAUGGCCCUACGCAAUAUCAGUGUUCCCUACUUCCUCCACAAUGUGAGCUUGGUGCCCAAAGAGAAGGUGAACAAUGUCAGCGAAGCCUAUGGACAUCUGGAGACAUUCCUGGGCGAAAGUCCUUACGUCACAGGCGAUACCCUAACCGUAGCGGACCUGUGCUGUGCGGCUACGGCUGCCUCGCUGGCCGCAGUCCUCGAUCUGGACACAGUGAAGUAUCCCAAGAUCGCGGCUUGGCUGGAACGCAUCUCUAAGCUGCCCCACUAUACGGAGGACAACCUGCGGGGCGCGAAUAAGUACAUUGGCAUGCUAAAGGGAUUUUUAACCAUUGUGUAAUAGCUAAAGUGUUCUGUUGGAUAGAUACAUCUCAUAUCUUUUAAAAUAUGAAAUGACAUGGUUUUACGGUCGUGCGAAUACAGCCAGCCGGCAUUUUUAUCAGUCCAAAUUUAUUAAUCUACACAAAUAAACAUGAAAUUUUGACCAAA